GUUAGUCACUUUCUGAUUUUCCAAAAUCGGCUUUUGGAGUUGGGCUAAACUCAUUCCAAUUCCAUUCCAAUAUCAUAAAUUCAAAAUGCACACGCCCAAGGCUGGUUGCUCAAUCCUUCCGCAUAAUUAAUAGCAUGGCAGUUCAUAUCCUGCCGACGAUCAAUCGUCUUCUAAACUUGGGUCGAUUUUAAUAUGUCUACUUUACAUUACAUCGUCAAGUUUUAGGGUUAUGGGUUAGUUCUAAUUCAAUUUUUUUAAUUUGAUUAUGCUGAAGCAGGAAAUUAAAGCUAUCUAAGUUCUUAUGGCAAGAAGAGAUAGAAUCAGCCAGCUGCCGGAAGAAAUACUUGACCAUAUUUUGGGACUAUUGCGUAUCCAGCAAGCUGCUAAAAUUGCAGUUUUGUCUACGGUUUGGAGAGAUCUCUGGACCACUCUCAGUCAGCUUCGCUUUGAUUAUCAAUUCUUUGCGUAUUUUGACAAAAAAUAUAGGCAGGACAGCAAAUAUGUCAGGAAAUCUUCUGGGUUGUAUGUAAUCACCAAAAUUCUCUUGCAGCAUAAGGGAACUAUUCGGAAAUGUGUCAUUCAUUUAUCUCAUGCUGGGGUACUUACUCUGAGGUCUCGGUCCUUUGACUUUGAUCAGUGGUUACAUUUAGUGACGUUUAAAGGUGUUGAAGAGCUCCACCUUAAUUUUGAGGAUAAAGCAUACAAGCUGCCCAGUUGCAUCUUUUUGUGUCCAACACUGAAGAGCUUGCAUCUUCAUGAUUUCUCCUUUGAACCAUUGAAUCUGCCUUGCACAUUGCCGCCUAAUCUCACAUCUCUGUGUUUCAAAUAUGUUGACUUUGGUCGUUCAAAUCUUUCUAAUUAUGUUGUUGAUGUUCCAAUGCUGGAGAUUCUGUCAUUUAGGAGUUGCAAAAAUAUUUUACACUUCAAAAUUAUAGCCAGAAAACUUUGCUGUUUGACAAUCAAAAGUUGCUAUCGUAGUGAACUCAGCCUCAACAUGGACUUAAAAUCUAUCUGUACUCUUGAGUUGGACAGUUAUUAUGUCGAGACUUUUCUUGGCACAAGUGCUACAACGGGGCAUCAACUUCAGCUGAAUGUGCUAAAUGUGGAAUUGUUGAAGCUAUCAGGACUUUGUUUGCAAAGGGAUGUUGAGACCUCUGCAUUUCUAAGCUUGCUAUGCAUAUGCCCAAAGUUAUACGAACUUGAAAUAAGUGUUUGGGGGACAGAGGAUACCACUAAGGCUAUAGAUACUACAUCAAAGCAAUUGAAAAAGCUUCACAGUGUUGUUCAAACAUGCGAAAGGCUUCACAUUUUGAAAAUUCGCUCAUUCCGUGGAUUUAGGGCCGAAAUGCUUUUCAUUAAGGAGAUGCUGGCAAGUGUUCCCUCUCUAGAAAGGGUUAUCUUUAUGGGUAAUUAUAUGUAUGAGUAUGACAGCUGCAAGAAACAUGAGAACAUGGACGAAGUGUUGUGUUUUCCGCGUGCAUCUACUAAAGUAAAAAUUAUCUUUCCAAGUUGUUGAAUGGAAGGUAGUCCUAACUUGUGUUAUGUUAAGCAUUUCUUUUGAAUGGAAGGUAGUCCUAACUUGUGUUAUGUUAAGCAUUUAUACUAGAUGCAGUAUAAAUGGUUAUGCUAAGCACUUAUGCUAUAUGGUUGUUAUGUUUUUUGUGCAAAAACUUGUAUGCAUGGCAUGAUGGCAAUGAUUUUUUUUUAUGAAAACGGUUACGAUGCAGUAUUAUACUACAA